AAUCUAGCUAGCAAAGCUUGGCAGACAUUUGGCUCUGUGCUAGGAUAGUGGGAGCGCUAGCAGAUUGGCUUUGUUUCGGUUCCAUUUUUAGAGGAGACAAGCCUUUGGUCGUAUUAGUAGCGAAUGACAAUUGGCUUCCAAUGGUUGUUGCUCUGAUCCUGUGAAAGAAUAGGUCCACCUAUAGAAGUCACUGUAUUUCAUUAACUACUCAUUCUAUAAAAUUUUGCGUUCCAAAGUUUUCAUAGAAAAGACACCGAAACGCCAAAUUUCUUUCACUCCUGGCUGGUGCUCAAAAAGUUGUAAAAAUUGUUUCUCGGACCAGUGUUUUCCCAGAAAAAAAAAUCUGAGAAGGAAGCAGUUGGGUAAGAUAACGUAUACAGGAGUCAAAAUCAGCGGAAAAUUAUUCUCAUCACAAGAUGAUGAGACCACGGUCGCGAUCAAGAGGUGGAAAAUCAUCAACAUACCAACGAUCGAGAAGUCGCUCACCAUUUUUCAGCAGAGAGAAACAUAACAGAUUUGCAAGUAAACCAUACAGAGGCAAUUCUUCUUAUCACCACCAUGGAAGACCUGAAGAUGUCAGGCGCAGGGAGGAAUAUAACAGGCCAGCAAAUAAUUCUCCAAGACGAUCACCAGGCCCUUAUAAGCCCAGGAGUCGAAGCCAUUCUCCGAGUCCAUGUGUUCAUCAUCAGCAUUCACAUAACUUAAGAAAAGGGGAAUUCAACAAUGACACUCGUAGAGACCAAAGAAGCCCUGUUCACUAUAAUACAAUGUAUCGCCGCAGUCCGCCUCCACAGAGGUUACCGACAGAGCCCAUCCCAAAGGAUCGGAGUAUAUUCCGUGGACCUGAGGGCACGGUGAUAGACCUGAAUGAGCUUCAGAAAAUUACUGUUGACAUCCGUCGAAAUCUGUCACGUGGUGCAGUCCCUGCAUCAUAUGGUCCGUUGAAAUAUGCAUUCAAUCCUGCAGACGUUAUUCUUGUUAGAAGGCCUGGAGAAGGAUCGCGUCCAAUAUUCGAUCGCGAAGAGUUGAAACCGCGACCUGCGGAAGAAAGAGUAAUAAAACUGGCAGCAGAUUUUCCAGAUAGAAUGGAACGUGUACAACGGUCGCCUUCGCGAAGCCAUGACCCAUUCACUGGAGCUUCAGGUUCAUCCUAUCAGCAGGACAAUCGAUCCAACGAUGGAGACGGUGAAGGAGACUUGCGAUUUCGUUUGCUGGAAAAGAAAAGUAGCGAGGAAAAUAAGGAAAGGAUGAAUGCUGAUCCGAAUUACGUGCCGCAAGGCCGAUACUAUUACGAGCAUGAUAAUCGCGAAAGGUUCAUGAACCGGGGACGCGGAUUUGCUUUCCGCGGAAACGCAAGGGGUAAUUACAAUUCAAAUUUACAAGGUGGUAAUAGUAGUGGAGCAUUUCGUGGAAGCUAUCGUGGUGGCAACGGAGGUCAGUACCGCGAAACAUCUCGCGGGUCUUACAGAGGCAAAUUGCGUUCUCCCAACUGGCAACAUGAUUUGUAUGAUACGGCGCCAGUGGAUGAUGGAAAACCAAGUAGUACGACGCAGAUAUGAAAAGGUCAAUGAACCAUUCCCUUUGAACACACACACAAACAAAAAUCAUCCUUACCUUUCCCCUGACUUCAGUGUUGAAACACAUGGUUGGCAUCACAUAACUACAUUUACAUAAUGAAAAACAGUUAUGUACAUCCCCACAUCCCAUUCGAUUAAAGAUUACAAUGACGUUUAUUCCACAAAACUGUGGUUACGUUUUCUCUUUGCACGAUGGAUGAGAAAAAUGAUACACAAUAAAUAUGUUUAGUUAAUUAAA